GCCUCCUCACAGGAUGUGACAGGAUUUAGGAAACCUAGCGGAAACCUUCAGGUCACCCAGGGAACUGCUCCUCUAGCCGGUCCUGCAGUGGUGAGGCGGGGGCGGGGGGGUGAGAGCGCCAAGACGCGCGGGGCGCGGAGAUGUGCAAGUGGCGAAGCUGGCCCCAGCGCAGGCGGGUGCAGCCGCCCAACUCCCGGCGCGGGAUCUGCUGAGAGGUCACGAUUUUAGGUGAUGGGCAGAUCAGAAAGUCAGAUGGAUAUAACUGAUAUCAACACUCCAAAGCCAAAGAAGAAACAGCGAUGGACCCCACUGGAGAUCAGUCUCUCAGUCCUGGUCCUGCUCCUCACUGUCAUUGCUGUGACAAUGAUAGCACUCUAUGCAACCUAUGAUGAUGGUAUCUGCAAGUCAUCAGACUGCAUAAAAUCAGCUGCCCGACUGAUCCAGAACAUGGAUGCCACUGCUGAGCCUUGCACAGACUUUUUCAAAUAUGCCUGUGGAGGCUGGUUGAAACGCAACAUCAUUCCAGAGACCAGCUCCCGUUACAGUAACUUUGACAUUUUAAGAGAUGAAUUAGAAGUCGUUUUGAAAGAUGUCCUUCAGGAACAGAAAACUGAAGAUAUAAUAGCAGUUCAGAAAGCAAAAACGUUGUAUAGAUCUUGUAUAAAUGAAUCUGCUAUUGAUAGCAGAGGCGGGGAACCUCUACUUAGACUAUUACCAGAUGUGUAUGAUUGGCCAGUGGCAACAGAUAACUGGGAACAAACAUAUGGUUCUUCUUGGACAGCUGAGAGAACUAUUGCACAACUGAAUUCCAAAUAUGGGAAAAAAGUCAUUAUUAAUUUUUUUGUUGGCACUGAUGAUAAAAACUCUAUGAACCAUAUAAUUCAUAUUGACCAACCUCGACUUGGCUUGCCUUCCAGAGACUACUACGAAUGCACUGGAAUAUAUAAAGAGGCUUGUACAGCAUAUGUGGAUUUUAUGAUUUCUGUGGCCAAAUUGAUUCGUCAGGAAAAAGGACUGCCCGUCGAUGAGAACCAGCUUUCUUUGGAAAUGAAUAAAGUUAUGGAAUUGGAAAAAGAAAUUGCCAAUGCUACAACUAAAUCUGAAGAUCGAAACGAUCCAAUGCUUCUUUAUAACAAAAUGACUUUAGCCCAGAUCCAAAAUAACUUUUCUCUAGAGAUCAAUGGGAAGUCAUUCAACUGGUCAAAUUUCACAAAUGAAAUCAUGUCAACUGUGAAUAUUAAUAUUCCAAAUGAGGAAGAUGUGGUUGUUUAUGCUCCAGAAUAUUUAACCAAACUUAAGCUCAUUCUUACCAAAUAUUCUGCCAGAGAUCUUCAAAAUUUAAUGUCCUGGCGGUUCAUAAUGGAUCUUGUAAGCAGCCUCAGCCGAACCUACAAGGAGUCCAGAAAUGCCUUCCGCAAGGCUCUUUAUGGCACAACAUCAGAAACAGCGACAUGGAGACGUUGUGCAAACUAUGUCAAUGGGAAUAUGGAAAAUGCUGUGGGAAGGCUUUAUGUGGAAGCGGCAUUUCCUGGAGACAGUAAACAUGUGGUUGAGGAUUUGAUUGCCCAGAUCCGGGAAGUUUUUAUUCAGACUUUAGAUGACCUUAGUUGGAUGGAUGUUGAAACAAAAAAGAAAGCUGAAGAAAAGGCCCUAGCAAUUAAAGAAAGAAUCGGCUAUCCCGAUGACAUUAUUUCAAACGACAACAAACUGAAUAACGAAUACCUUGAGUUGAGCUACAAGGAAGAUGAAUACUUUGAGAACAUAAUUCAAAACUUGAAGUUCAACCAAAAUAAACAACUAAAGAAACUUCGAGAAAAGGUGGACAAGGAUGAGUGGAUAAGCGGAGCAGCUGUAGUCAAUGCAUUUUAUUCUUCAGGCAGAAAUCAGAUAGUCUUCCCAGCUGGCAUUCUGCAGCCCCCCUUCUUCAGCGCACAGCAGUCUAACUCACUGAACUUUGGGGGCAUCGGCAUGGUCAUAGGACACGAAAUCACCCAUGGCUUCGAUGACAAUGGCAGAAAUUUUAACAAGGAUGGAGACCUUGUUGACUGGUGGACUCAACAGUCUGCAAAUAAUUUUAAAGAACAAUCCCAAUGUAUGGUGUACCAGUAUGGAAACUUCUCCUGGGACCUAGCAGGUGGACAGCAUCUCAAUGGAAUUAAUACACUGGGAGAAAACAUUGCUGAUAACGGUGGUAUUGGCCAAGCAUACAGAGCCUAUCAAAAUUAUGUUAAAAAGAAUGGUGAAGAAAAAUUACUUCCUGGACUUGACCUAAAUCAUAAACAACUGUUCUUCUUGAACUUUGCCCAGGUGUGGUGUGGGACUUACAGGCCAGAGUAUGCGAUCAACUCCAUUAAAACAGAUGUGCACAGUCCAGGCAAUUUCAGGAUUAUUGGGACUUUGCAGAACUCUCCUGAGUUUUCAGAAGCCUUUCAUUGUCACAAGAAUUCAUACAUGAAUCCAGAAAAGAAAUGCCGGGUUUGGUAAUCUUCAGAAGAAGUGAUGCAGCCCUUGGCUAGACUUGCCCACACCACAGAAAUGGGUGAACUCUAUCCAAGAGGAAAAGGGCCAGAAAGAUCACUGUGAUUACAUGGAGGUAGUUCACAGAGAUGAAAGCAUUAUAAUAAAAUGAAGUUAGGUUAUUCUGGAAAAGAUGUGGAGGGAGGAGGGGGUCUAAUGUCAAACCAACCACUUCUCACUGUGUAAAUAAUACUUAAUCUCUACAGGUAAUAUUACUAUUCAUUUCUGGUUCUCAUAUGAUCUGCUAUUUUGAUGUUGUUUCUUGAUAUAGACCAGGAUUUCUAAUCAAAGGGAGGAAGAAGAGGUGGAAGAAUUCAACUGGCACCAAAAGCACAGCACAGCAGUGACAUGAGAGUUAAAAACACGUUGCCUAUGUACUAAUUGUUACUUUUAUUUGCAACAUUUAUGCUCCUUCGAAACUCUUCCAAAGAAUUCUUUUACAUACUGGGGCCUUGGGACUUAACAUAGUUUUAAUCUAAUUUUGUCAAUCAUCAUUUAUUCAUUCUGAGAGCAUUGUAUUUUAAGCACUCUUAGGGCUAAAAUGAAUGUCUAAAAUUGUUUUUUGUUGUAUCUGCUUUGACUGAUAAUGAGAUUCUUGAGGUUCCCUGCAGUUUUCUAAGCAAUUUCUCGUUCUCUCUCACAAAACUUGGUCUUUUUAAGAGAUUUGUAGUAAUGUAUAAAUAAUAAUUUUUAUAUUUAAUUAACUGCAUUUAUGACUAAGUAAUUAUUAUAGGUAAUCAUUGAAUGUUGGAGCUUCAGACCAAGACAGUUAUGAACCAAUAUCUGUAAAGUGAUGUACAGAUGAAGAUUUGAAACUUUUUAAACUUAUAAAUCAUAUUGAUAAAAAGCUUUAAGCACAAAACUUGGGUUAAAAAUUAUCAUUGGACAUUUGUUUAAAGAUACAUAAGAGUUGUGGUUUACAAACAGGAUUUCUAAAAUUAAAUGUGUCCCUGGAGUGGAUAUGAUCAAAGGACAAAAGUGCAUCUUUGUGGCUCCGUCUCUCCUUAGCUUUUCUGGUUUGGCAUCUGAUGGGAAUAUUUUGAUAAUAAAUUGAAAUUGUGAACUCA